UGUCUCCAUCAUCAGAAACGUCCUCCUCCUCCUGGCGAUCAUGUACCUGUUCACCCCGAUGUCCUCCAAAACACGGGACAAACGUAGAGACAGCAAUUGUUCCGCUUGUUGCUCCAUCUUAAAAACCAAAAUGAUGAGCCAGGAGCUGUUGACUGAUGUGUUACCAGCCUGCAGGCCCUCCCAUAAGGUAGUGAUCUCAUCUGUCCACACCCCAGAUCAUCUAUAUAUACAGAGACAUGAGAAAUUGGAAGAGCUGGAAAGUCUUAUGGUCGAGAUAGGGGCGUAUGUUGAGAGACAGGAGGAGGAUGAUGUCCUACAGGAACCACAAGUUGGAAAAUACUGUCUAGCCCAGUAUGCCUCCUUCGAUGAGAGUUUAAGCACAACUCAGGAGUCAGUUGCAAAAGAAGGACUUGUGAGCUUGGUAAAGAUGGUGGGCAGGGUAACACAGCCGGAAAUCCACAAAACCAUCUUUGAGUGUCUACUGUGUUAUGUCAAAGCGGGUGACAGAAUGUGUGACAUCCUUUUGGAAGAGAACAUUGUUCAACUUUCAACUUCUUGCCUAGAAAUGAAUUCUUCUUCAAUUUACCAGCGCCAGGCUGCAGACUUUAUCACCCAGGCUGCUAAUAUCUCAGUCAGACUGCAGGAAGCCUUCAGAGGUCAGGACUCAACUGAUGUUCUAUUUGAACUACUGGAAUCUACCAUGUGUCAGCAGGUGCAGGGAGCUGUGUGCCAGGCGUUUGCUUCUCUGACCUCAGGAUCAGACGGACUGUUUAAGUACCUGAUGUACCCAGGACAUGGCCUUGUUCAAAAGAUCGUCUCGUUCCUGUCAAAGGCUACAGAUCACUCGGUUUCUGAAGGAGUUCUGUCUCUUAUUGCAGCUCUUAGUCAACAUGAUAGUGGUCAUGAUGAUUUCAAGAAAGAAUCAUUAAUGGAAGCCAUUGUUAAGAAUCUCCAGAAAACUGAUUGUCCUAAGUGUAUUGCGUUUUGUGUACAGCAAUGUGACCACUUUGCCUCAAACCGUCGGAAACACAAGACCUUCCUCAUAGAGCACCACAUGAUAACCAUUCUCAACAGAAUCUUAGACCUAGAGAUGCCUCCUGCAACAAAACAGCUUUGUAAAGACCUUAAGACUUCCCUUGACUUCAAGGUCCCUUCUGAGCCGAUCAGAGGGCUUCUCUUGAAACCAGGAAUGCAACAUAUGGGUCCCAUGUCAGACAGUUUGGUUGCUCCAGAGGUCCGCUGGAAUCAGAACUCCUUUGUUAUGCUGUUGGUGAUAAAGGUUUGUGAUGUCAACCCUGCAGCCCAUGAUCUUGUCACCUUCACUGAGGAUACGAUCUCAUUCAGGGCCCUAUCCAGGGGUGUCAACUACGGGUUCACCUACCGGCUGUAUGACCGAGUGUGUGUUGAAAAGUGUACGUGGCAUGUAAAACAACGGGAGGUCCUUGUGUCACUCAAGAAACAGGAAAAGGGCAUGUGGAGUCGACCUCUUCAUGACAAGAUCAAGCAUGGGAAUGUGGUGGCCGAUUGCGAGCAUAUUCUGGACAGUUCCGACUCAGAAGAGAAAGAUGAUCAGAGACCCUUCCUUCUUUCAAAGGGAAAGAAGAAAAAAGCCAUGUUCCGAGGGAUGAAGCAGUCAACGGUUCAGGUUCGCGAACCCGAGGAUACGGAAACGGACACAAGCGACAGCCUCGAAAACAUGGAUGACUUUGAUAACCGCACUGACUACGAUUUUAACAGCAUUGCCUACCAAAACCCAAUUUGAAAACAUGAACGACUUUGACAAGCACACUGACGUCACAACCUAGCUGAGACUGAAAGUGAUUGUGGAUCGAGAUUUGGUUGGAAAAACCAAUAGCCAAUUCGACAAAUUGCCAAACAGACAUUAUCACUAACUUCUUCGUGACAGAAAGUGAUUGUAAAGGUGGUUCGUAUUGAUUUACUCUAAUGCUCCAACCAUAGACGUUUUCAUAAAUGGGCCAUCGAUCUGAUUUAAGGUUAAAGCAGGGGACAUUAUUCCCGCCAAUGAAAUGUUAUAGUAUUUUUUAUAACCAUGCUCACAAUGGCAAUUGCCUCAUGCGUGGCUAGUUCCAUUGUAAAAAAGGUUGAGUUUUGCUCCUUGUCUAACUGUGUCAAACAGCUGGACACGUGUUUUCAUCCACCUUUGCAGUAGGAAGUGGGUAAUCGUGCUAUUCAUAAUUUCUUUGGUUGUAAAAGCAUUUAACCAUAGUUAAGACUUAUGCCUACUGCUUACAUCUUUUGUGCUCGUUUGAUUAUUUUCAUGGCUUUGAAGUAUUGAGUUUGCGUGCUUACAAAAUUGCCCUGACAUUAUAUUAUUGACCGUUCAGGAUUAUCAAAUGAAACCUGAACAAGUUUUGCCAGAAACAAUAACCACAUGUACAGCAAUGCCUAUAACUCUUUUCGCCUUGAAACAACGGAUGAGCCUUGCGUUCAACUGUGUUGCACUUUUGUUAACAUUAUAAAUUUUAAAAAAACUUUGGCUUUCAUCAGCAAUGAAUUGUAAUUUUGUACAAUGAUCUGUUAAAACACAGUACAGCUUUGAAAAUCAUGUCGGUGAUUGUUUUUGUGAUAACUAACAAAAAAUGUUCUUUUUUAGGCAGAUGUUUUAGCCAGGUUUAGGAAUAGGUAUUUGAAAACGUUUUUUUCUUUUUUCUCGUCUUUUGGAGUUUUUCUCUGGUCAAUGAUACACUGAAAUGUUUGUAUUAUAGUGUUUUUUUUUUUUUUCUCAACUGUACAUAUUGUAUUGGCCUGUGUCAGGUCACAAUCCUGAAGUGGGAUCCAAAAGGACAUAGUUGUUCUGAACAUUAAAUUGUUUCGACAUACUAUCUGAUCAAGACUGUAUAUAAAAAUAAUAUCCUUGGAAAAUCUCAUCGCUUUUCCUAUCGGCAAUCAUCCGUCCUAUUAAAGUCGCAAUUUGUUGGCAAGUGGCUGGUGACUGAGGACUCAAAAUAUUAAAGAUUUUUUUUGUACAAAUGGAUAAACAAUUGUAUUGAGAAGAAAAAUAGAUUAUUUUAUAUUGACAUUGCUUGAUACAAAAAAGCAAUAAAAUUGAUGGAACCACUGACUCUAAAAUCGAAACUGACACUUUUCGUUUACAAUGAUUUCAGGAUUUGUUCAUCAACAUCUUUGAAUUUGUUUCUUGUCAUUUUUCAUAAAAUCGUUACUGAUUUUCACAUUAAUUUCUUAACUUUGCAACAGAAUUGUUUUUACGUUUUUAUGUUAUUCAACACAAAAAGUGUAACAUUGUUUUUAAUUACUUGAAUAAAAAACAUAAAUAAUUA